AUGAGUCACAAUCUGCAAAGCGCCGUCUUGAUGCUCCUCCUGUCCGGUAAGGACUGGAUUUUUGCGGAGGAGUCGGGGACUCUGCAGGAGCUGUACGGGCUGACUGAGAAAUUAUUCGAUGAACCCAACAAGCAUCUCACCGAGGACGAGAGGGCGUCUAUUGUCGCGAUGAUCGAGGCGAUUCGUAAGAGGAAGACCGGAGAAGAACGUUAUAAGGUUCUCGAAGGCAAGAGCGAGGGAGGAUGGAGUGCUGGACGCUCGGCCUUGAAGAAAUGGUUCACAAAACAAAAGGUAUCUAACAACAUAGGUCAUGCGAUUGACGACGCGUACAAUGAGUGCGGAGUAGCACCGCUGCAACUAAUCAAUAACGAGGGACUUCAGGAAGGGGAGGAGUUUCCGAACAUUACAGAUGCGGAAGGCGCCAGGGAGGACGUCCUGCUCGCGAUUGCUGGCGAGAACGCAAUGGAACGGGUGCCGCGUGGCGAUUUUCGUGAUGCUUGGUAUGCCAUCAACCAUCACGCCUGGGAGCGUCACCGCAAACGCUACAGGCGUGCCAAGACAGGAUUGCCCAUGAAAAAACUGGCUGCGUCCGUAGCCGUGAAAGAAAUUGAGGACGCGGAUGAGGUCACUGCCAAGCAGCUGCGUGAGGCGACGAAGGCCGUCAAGGCGCUCAGCAUGGCAGUCGGGUGGUUCCCCGAGGAACAAGAUCAACUGGGGGAAUACGAGGAGUUCUUGAAAGAGGUCGUCGUGGUUGCGGUAGCAAAGGUUAGGCAAGUGCCAAAGGAGAAGGUGACGGUGAAAACGGACAACACACCUGGCCGCAAACGUGGUGCUCAGCGUGCGCGCAAGGUUAAGUCGGGCUCUCUCGUUGCCGCCGGUGACGUGGAGGAGAUCUGGGCGCUGUAUGUUCAGAUGUUUGAAACUGAACCCGGUCAGUUAGAGGCCCCACAAGACGAGGAAGACAUAGAAGACAGCGGGAAAGCUGCCUGGAACGACGCUUCUGAAGACCUCGGCGUGGAUGGUUGGCGAGAGAUGGAUAACGACAAACUUAAUCACCUGCUGCAGUUCCCGGGUGGCAAGCCCGUACUUUUUGCCGAGUUUCACUCGAAAACUGGGUUGUGCGCGUGGGAUGCGGCGUCGACGUCGAAAUUCGUGGAAGGCAACGAGGACAUGGAGCCGUUGGCCCUCCUGUGGCAUCAACGGGUUGGUGUCGCUGCGAUGGUCGACAAGAUCUGGUCUGCUUCCAAGUCGGAUGAGGAGGUGCCAGGGAUGCUGAUCGCUGACGAGGUCGGCGUGGGUAAGACAGCACUCACCAUGGGGUUCAUUGCUUUCGUUAUCGAUGCCUUCUGGAUCCAGGAAGUCGCAGCUGGGCGAGGGAGACCAGAUGGGGUGACAUCGACCAUAAACGUCACUAACGUGCGCCCCGCUCCAAUUCUGGUUGGUGUCUAUGUUGGUGGUGGUGUUGGCAUUUAUAGGGUCAAAACAGAAAUAGGUUUCAAACUUGUAAAAAAAUAUCUUUUGGUGGGCUGGUACAUAUCAUGGAGGGUACUUCUGUGA